AUGCCCGCUGCUUCGCGCUCAAAGCUAAUCAGGGCUCUUCGGAAGGCUUCUGCUCAGCGUGCACAUGCUGCUCGGCGCGCUGCUCGGCGUCGGACAGAAUCGUCCGAUGAGGGCUCCGAUUUCAUUCCCGAAGUCUCUGUAGUCACUCCCGAGGCCACUCCCCUCGCCCCCGAGGUCGUUGAACAGACAGCGGAUGAGCUUCGGGACUUAAUUAUCUUAUUCCGUCUCAACCAGAUCCAUAAUGGCUUCCUCACGUUUCGCAAGGUCUCAUUGGUUCCCUAUUCUAAUCUUGGGUUAUUAAGGACCCCAAUACAAGAGUACCGGGCCAUCAUUAGCGGGACACCUCGCUUUGUGUUCAAGCAAAAUGAUUGGGAUAGGGCGUUUGAGGUUUUGGGCGAGGUUGGGUUCCAUGUAUUUAGAAGGGAGGAGUUGCAAAUCGCGGCAAGGGAAAAAGUUAUCCUACCCAAGAUGGAGAAAAGGCUUAAAUCCUACGUUGAGCGUUACCCUCUAGACGCAGCAAUCGAUCGACACUUCAGGAGCUUCAAGCUUCCCACUCCGACCAGUCUUUGA